AUGGGUGCAGACGGUGCAGCUGUCAAUCUGGGACACAGAGGUGGAGUGAUAGCCCUCCUUCAAGCAGAGAUUGGGUCCUUCAUUGUCCCAUUCCACUGCAUGCCACAUAGAUUGGAGCUAGGAAUGUUGAGUGUGCAAAGAGAGGUUUCCAUGAUUGGGCAAGUGUAUGACCUGUUGCACCUCAUCUGGAAAACAUACCACAUGAGCCCCAAAUCAAUGAGGGAACUCAAAACACUGGGAGCUGAAAUCGGAGUACAGGUGAAUGCACCGAGUGGAGUGAAAGGGACCAGGUGGCUGCCCCAUGUGUCUCGGAGUUUGAGCACCCUCCUAAAACCAGGGAAGGAUGGCAAUUCCUGUGGCCAGUUUACAGCUGUGUAUGUUCACAUGGACCAUCUGGCAGGUGCCGAGGCGACCAGUGCAGAGAUAGCUGGCAGAGCAAAGAAGAUCAAGGUCAGGAUGGAGGAUGGGACAUUUGUGGCAUUCUGCCACUUCCUGUCAGACCUUUUCUCUGCCAUCGGCAACUUCAGCCUGCAGCUCCAGAAAAAUGAUGUAAUCCUACCUCAGGCUGUUAGUGGCAUCGAAUCUCUUCUGGCUACCACAGAAGCUAUGGCAGCUAGCCCCAAACCUGAUGGUAAGCUGUCUGAGUUCCUGGCAGCCAUGAAGAAGCAGCGCCAACAGACAUGGGGAGAAUCUGGGACUGGGAGGUUCAAGUUCCAGGAAGUUACCCUUUCUAAAGGCGAAGCUGCAGAGCUGGCAGAAGGUCAGUCAAUCAGCCAGUGUGCUCCCAGACUGCAAAGAGCCAUUGUGCUGACCUGUGAUUCCACAGUGAAACACCUGAAGAAUAGAUUCAGCAGCCUACUUGAGGAGAACACAAAGGAUUUACCAACAGCCAAGGCAGUGAAGUGUUUCAAUGUCUUCAACCAUGACUCUUGGCCAGAUAAUAGGCUGGAGCUCCUGAACCAUGGUGUGGAAGAGGUGAACUUUCUUCUACAACACUUCUCCACUGUCCUGGGCAGGCAGCAGUUGGGGGAGUUUAAUCUCGUUCAGGAGCUGCAGUUCCACGACGACCGCUUCCAGGUCUAUUUCAGGCUGAGCAGGGAGCAGUUUGACACUCUGCGAAGGAGAGUUGGUCCGAGCCUGGAGAGAGUGACAACCAAUUUUAAGCAGUCCAUCUCUCCCACAGAGCGUCUGGCCAUUUGUCUAAGUUAUCGGGUGGGGAUCUCCACUGUUGCUGGGAUCAUCCCUGAUGUCUGCCGGGUGAUUUGGGAGAGCCUGAAGGAGGAAUUUCUUCCUGUACCAAAGGCAGCUGAUUGGCAGGAGAUAGCUCAGGGUUUCCACGACAGGUGGAACUUUCCCAACUACCUGCGAGCCUUCGAUGGCCAGCAUAUUGUCAUCCAAGCACCAGCAAACUCUGGCUCCCAGUUCUUCAGCUACAAGGGCACAUACUCCAUAGUUCUCCUUGCCCUUGUCGAUGUCAGGUACCUCUUCAGGAUGGUGGAUGCCUCGGAGGCGAGGUGCCAGGCAUAG